AUGGAUCAGUACCAACAGCCCCACCAUCAGCGCGACUCCUUUGAUCUCCCUCCUCUCACAAACCCCCCCCCUCAAUACUUCGGUGGGAACGAGAGCAACGACUCGCCAACGGUGCCCAGUUUCGACUUCGCAGACGGUGAUGGGCAGGAUCACGAUGGAGGUCAUGACGAGAGUAACGACGCGAAGAGAAGGAGGAUAGCUCGAGCGUGUGAUAUGUGCCGAAAGAAGAAAAUAAAGUGUGAUGGGAAGAUGCCGGCAUGCUCACACUGUCUCAACUACAAAACAGAGUGUAUCUUCACUCAGGUGGAGAAGAAGCGCAAUCCCCCCAAAGGCGCAAAGUACAUCGAAGGAUUAGAGAACCGUCUUGGUCGGAUGGAGUCUCUACUGAAGCUCUCCGGGAUACUCAACGAAGAGAGUGAAGAUGUGCCUGAUCUAGAGAAAAUGAAGGAAAGGUUCUUAGCAAAUAAGGCAAUGGAUGAUGGGCCUGAUCCAGGUACGCUAGAGAAAAGGUUGGCACACAAGACUUUCAGCCAAAGCAGUGGUGAUACACCGACAAGGACCCCGGAUGUAUCCUCCAAAUCUGGGAGUCAGCCGCGAACCUUCGAUUCCCCACGCCACACCCCCCAAACGGACAGAUUGCCAACAUCACGAGAAUCUGUAGCCUCUUCUGCAGAACCACCAAAAGAAAAUGGGGAGCCGGUUGAGGAGUUAUCAGAUAUGAUGUGCUCGCUAGUCACAAAUAACUGUGGUGAAACAAGAUAUAUCGGAUCUUCCUCUGGCUUCUCCAUUUUCUCCCCUAAAGGCAUACAAUGGGUCAACGAAAAGACUGGGGAUAGCUCCUUUCAAGACAUGAUAGCCUCGGCGGAUGUGAACGAGGUCAAAUGGAAUUUUUGGAAGCCUGAGGUCUUCAAUGAUUUAUUCGAGAAAAGGGCGUUCGUUCCACUGCCGCCAGAACACGAGGCACUGUCCUUGCUCAAAGAUUUUUUCGGGAACUUCAAUUGCAUGUUUCCGCUUUUCCACGAACCAACAUUCAUGCACUUGGUAAGAAAACACUAUUCACGAAAUCCUUACGAAGGAUCAGGGUGGUGGGCUAGUCUUAACGUUGCUCUGGCUAUCGGGCAUCGACUACGAAUAAUGAGCAACAUGGUGCCACAAGAGGACGAUCAGAAGGCGUGGGGCUAUCUGAAGAACGCAAUGGGACAACUCACCGAGCUUACAAUGCGGAAUACAGAUCUUCUCAGUGUGCAAGCUCUCCUUGGCAUGGCUCUCUUCCUAAUGGGCACUCCGAAUCCUCAACCUUCUUUUUUCCUGGUCGCCGCCGCAAUUCGGCUAGCGAAUAGCAUAGGCCUGCACAAGCGCGGCUCAGGCUUCAAUCUGAAUUCAGUCGAGAUCGAGCAACGGAAACGGGUAUUCUGGAUUGCCUACCUCCUCGAUAAGGAUAUCUGCUUGAGAUCGGGUCGACCGCCAGCGCAAGAUGACGAUGACAUGAAUGUUGAUUUGCCGACAGUCGACCCCGCUGACAAUAUUGGAAACAUACCUUUGGCGGACGGCAAGGGAAAAGCUAAUCUUUUCAGGUUCAUGUGCACCUUUGCCGUCAUUGAGAGCAAGGUUUACAAGCAAUUGUACUCUACGAAAGCUUCAAAACAGUCUGACGGUGCUCUACUGAACACUAUUGGCGAACUCGACAAAGAACUCGAAGAGUGGAAAGACAGCAUACCCCUUGAUUUCCGACCAGAGCACGAGAUCAAAGCAUCUCACACUCCGUUGAUCCUCCACGUUGUUGUCCUCCACUUCGCCUACUACAAUUGCUUGACGACCAUCCAUCGCAUGUCCGUCCACCACGGAUAUUGGACGAGCCGGCUAUCGAAUUACGCAAUUCAAGGCUUGAAUGCUAGGCCACUAAAUCCGAGAGUAUUUUCGUCAGCAGCCUUGUGCGUACAAGCUGCAAGGGCUUCCAUCCACCUCAUACGAUACAUUCCCAAGGGUGACUACUCUUGCGUCUGGUUAAUACUUUACUUUCCCGUCUCAGCACUGGUCACUCUCUUCGCAAAUAUUCUCCAAAAUCCUCAAGACGCCCGCACCCGCUCUGAUGUCAAAUUAAUGAACCAAGUCGUGAACUUUCUCUCCCUCCUUGCCGUUACCGAAGAACAAGGCGGAGUCAAACGUAUGCUAGGCGUAUGUGCCGAGUUUGAGCGUAUUGCCCGUGUUGUCCUUGAGAGAAGCGACAAGGAAUCUCACUCUCGCCGAAAACGAAGAAGCAGCAAGAUCAAUGACGAUGACCCAGCACAAAACACUCAACAAAUUCCACAGAAACGCAACGCGCCACAAACACCGCAAUCAAAUAACGCGCCUACACCCCAGAGCGUCUUCACCCCUGGCUUCAACGGCGAUCUAAAUAGCCAAUCCUUGAACCCUAAUCCGCAGGGCUUCUCCCCUAGCUUCUCAGACAUGAAUCUUCCCGUCGAUUUCUCAGGCGCUGACUUCCCUAAUAUAACGUCGCCCUCGAACGGCAUGAAUGGGUACCAAGACAUCAAUAUGGAUGGGCAGCAGUAUACUGGUGAUCCAUUCAAUAUGGGCUCGUUUCAGCAGCCCUUCGUGCCGCAGGAUUUGUGGCAGAUGCCGAUGACGCUCGAGUGGGACAUGGCGCAGCUGGGCGAGAUGAACGGAUUUGCGACUUUUGACCCUGACCAGGGGCAGCACCCGGACGAAAUGCAUGGCAUGAGUGGCCAGUGA